CUGCCACAUCGGCGGGCCCGUUAUCCUCCUCCUCCUCCUCCUCCUCACAGAGCGGCUCCGCUCAACACACGCUCCCUCCAGAAAAGAGACUAACGAUCUGAAACGAAGACAGCGGGUUAAAGACGGACUCCGGGAGCGAUUACAGGCGGGUUUAACUGAUGACAGCUCGCGUUUGAUUGUGAUCGCUGCGCUGUGGAUCCACCGUAUCGAGUCUGCGGGUCGUACUGGUCGUACUGGUCUCUGAACAUGAAGUUGUCGCGAGAGGACGAUACGUACGGGUUUGUGUGGGGAUGUAAUGAACUGGAUCAUUGACUGAGGUCCACAUCAGUCCAGGAUCAGGUGGAUCUGAGAAGAACACUGAGAUACACCACUAGUGGUUGAUUCUACUGGCUCUACUGGCUCUACCAUGAAUCCACAUCUACAAGCAUCUGCUGAUCUUUAGCUUUUCCAUUACAUAAGCUGCUUCUAUUAUAUAAGCCUGAGUAAGAUUUUCUUGACAUCAACACAUCUGUCAUCUGAUCUUUCACAUCUGGCAUGGAGAAAUAAUACAUCAAACAGACUCAUCACAGCCCUAAAUAAUCUUAGAGCAACACCAUCCUACACCUGCUGUAAAAUGCUGGACUCAAAGACCAAGGACCUGUGCCGGAUCUGUGCCCGAGAGUUGUAUGGCAACCAGAGGAGAUGGAUCUUCCACCCAGCAGCCAAGUUGAGUCUCCAGGUUCUGCUGUCACACGUUCUGGGUCGGGAGCUGGCCCGGGAUGGGCGUGGAGAGUUUGCAUGCAGCAAGUGCGCCUUCAUGCUGGACCGCAUGUACCGCUUUGACACUGUGAUUGCCCGGGUAGAGGCUCUCUCCAUUGAGCGCAUGCAGAAGCUUCUGUUAGAGAAAGACCGGCUCCGGCAGUGCAUCGGUGGACUGUACCGCAAGAACAACGCUGAAGACUUCGGUGCCGGAGUCACCAGUGAACCCACAGAAGCUUCAGUCGUGGACAUUUCUGGCUUGUCAGAUUCUAAAUACAACUCACUAAUAGAGGAGGACCUGGCAUAUUCUGUGUACGAGUCCUGGGCUGAGCAGGCUGAUUCACCUGCUCACCCUCUGGGUCACCACCAGAAUCCCAUUUCCACUCUCAAUCUCCAUCACCAGUGCCAUGCUGGGUCAGAAGCUGGCUCUACGCAGCGUUCCAGGAAGUGCCGAGGAUGCGCUGCUCUGCGGGUGGCUGAUUCUGACUAUGAAGCCGUCUGCAAGGUACCCAGGAAAGUGGGCCGAAGCACCUCUUGUGGACCCUCCACCCGAUAUUCUGCCAGCGUUCUGGGUAGCACAGAUGAAGUUUGCCCUGGGCCAGCCCCAGUGCCUCCAGAGUCUGACCCUCAGUCCACAAGCCUGACAGAUAUCGUUGAAAGCACACAAGCCUGCGAGACAGAGCACAGCAGCCUGAGUACAGCAUCGUCUGCAGAGUCGCUGGACACUGCCGUUGACGUGAGUGUGCCCUGCCCAGCAAUCCAUGUGGAUCUCAUGCAGGCAGAUGUGGAAGAGGAGAAGGUCAUGAUCCAGAAGCCUGAAACUGAGCAGAACCCCAAACCUGGGGGACUGGAGCUUGCUCUCAGCUUGAUCAAGAGUUUUCAGUGUCGUCCAGUCCAGGUCCCCAGAGGCAGCCGUCUACCCGUGCCUAUCAAACCAGUCGCCACUCUCCCAGAGGGGCUUUUGUCUUUCCUUCAAGUUCCUCAGGCAGGAACAGACUGUUCUUUUUCACAGCAAUCUGCUGACCUGACUUCACCCAGCAUCCCACAGGAACUGCAUCUGGACCUGGUGGACAUGGAGGAGCUUUGGGUGGAUGAUUAUGUGCAGUGUAAGCCUCUGGGCCAUCAGAAGAAACUCAUCGGGGAACAGCAGGCUCAGCUGGUGCAGUAUGAAAACGCAGCAGGUCAGUGUGUGAACGAGCUACAGAAAGCCCAGCUUCAGGUCCAGUCCCUCCAGACCAAGAUCAAAGAGAGCGAAGUCAGCAACAAGAAGCUGCAGCAGAGACUUGCAGAGAUGGAGUGUGAACUGCGCUCUGUUCGGGAGGCAGCACAUGGUCAGGAGAGGACGAUCCAGACCCUGAGUGACAGUCUAAACACCAAGGACAUUGAGGUUGCUGAUCUGCAGCAGCUCAUGGAGGAGCAGAAGGAACUUUUACGCUCUCUGAAGCAGCAGAACCAGCGACAACAAAUGCAGCAGCUUCAGAAGUCUGGGGCAGGACCUGGCCAGCUACAAACCGAGAUGCUGGAGCUCCAGGCAUCUCUCUUCUCAGCCCAGCUGGAGCUGCAGGACCUUCAAAGAAACCAACGCCAAGCCCAGAGGAGAGAAGAUGACCUGACCCGUGUCAAUCAGCGCCUCCUCACUGAUCUCCAGGGGGCUCUACAUCAGCGCCAGGAGACUGAGAAAUACAACCAAGAGCUGCUCGUAGCUCUUCAGAAAGCACGCUCUGACCUGGAGCAGAUGGAGGAGAGGCAGAAAGAGGGACAGAGGGAGAAAGAGCAAGAAGUGGAGGAGAAAGAGAGGAGCAUUCGAGAACUUCAGACCACACUACAGCACAAAACUCAUCUCUUAGAGGACUACAGUGAGCUGCUAAAUGGCCAGAAGGAGCCUGGUGGUAAUAGAGACAUCGUCAUUCAUAAACUCAAGCAGCGCAUUCAGGAGAGAGACCGAGCACUGGAGCGUGCUGUGGAUGAGAGGUUUGUGUGCUUGGAGCAGAAAGAGGAUGAAAAACGCAAACUACAGCUCUUCCUCCGAGAGAAAGAGAGAGACAUGGAGAAACUUCGCUGUGUGCUGUCCAGCAACGAGGAAACCAUUACGAGUUUGGAGGCACUGGUGCGUGGCAAGACUUUAGAACUGGACCAGGUGAGUGAGGCCUGGAGAUGCAGUCAGUGGAUUCAGCGCGAGAGCGAGGACACACACACUCGCAGCCUGAGAGAGAGAGAUGCACUGAUCAGCCAGCUCCAGACUGCUCUGCACUCGCGCACCAAAGAGGCUGAGGAUCUGACAGCCGCUCUGAUGGGUAAAGCAGCUCUGGGAUCCAGUGAGGUAAUGGAGGAGCUGAGGUGUCGGCUGCAGUUAAAGGAGCGCCUGUUCCAGGAGCUGCUGGCAGACCGCAGCCGACAGACCCAGGAGCACCACACACAUGUCCAGGAACUGCUCAGCACCAUCCACACCAGGGACCAGUACAUCAAGGACUCUGCAGAGCGCAUGGGUCAGGUGAUGUCUGAGCAGGUGGGUCGUCUACAGGAACUGCGCAGACAGGUGGUGUCAGCAGGAACUUCAUCCCAGAGCAAAUCGGAGCACUCGGUAGACGUUCAGAGUCUUCAGGAGGAGCUGCGGCUGGUUCUUGCCAGAGAGAGGGAGGCUCAGGGUGAUCUGUCCACUCCACACUCCACUCUGACCAUGAGCCACAACCAGUUCCAGGCUCAGGCUCAGGAGCUGGAGGCUUUGAACCGGACUGUGACUAUCAAAGAUCAGAUCAUCAAGGAUCUACAAAUGAAGCUGGUGGAGCCCUCCGCUCUUCCACUGGUGGAGAAACUGACUCAGGAACUGCAGGAGCUCAGAGAAAGGGAUUCACUUCAGGACCGUUCCUGCCCCAAGUGCAAGGUUAGCUUGGAACGCAUGGCAUCCAUGGAGACUGAGCAGACAGCCACAUCUCAGGCUGAUACUGGAGUCUCAGACGAGGAGGAGGAGGAUGAAGAGGACGACUGUAACAGUGAGUUUGCAGACAGCACUGAGGAAGAAGAGAACUCCAAACUAACUGCCCAGUCUUUGGCUAUUAUGCAGGCCAGUGAGCAGAAUAUAGGCCCUGUGGCAAGGCCACUAUCCCAAGAUGCUACAGUGGUGGAAGGACAGGGUCUGGCAGAGGUCAAGCAGCUGGUGGAGCAGAAGAGGGCAGUGGAGCGGGAGCUGUGGGAGCUUAAGGCUCAACUGGAGAAAGCUGGCUUCUCUACUUUCUCUCAGAUGAGGAAAGCAUUGUUUAGUCUGCGCUCGGAAAAUGUGGAGCUCAGGGGCUUGGCGAGGGUGAGAGCAUCAGAAGAUGGACACACAGUGUCAGAAGAUCUGGAAGAGAUGUCUGUGGAGGAUCCCUUUAAACACACAGGAAAAUAUCUAUCCUCUGGUGCUUAUCUCCAGAGCCGCAAGAGUGAAAAGAGAUGCUCCAGACAACUCUCCCUUAACCUCCCAUCACUGCUGUCCCACACCACACAGGUAGAAGGAGCCUCUGGAGAAGUAUCGCUGAGCCCUGUGGAGGCUGGUCUGAGAGAGUGUCUGAAGUCGGACCUGGAGCAGGUGCAGCAAGAGAGUCGUGAGCUGCAGGAGAGGCUGAUGGUGUCGGAGGCGACCGUGCAGGCCCAGGCUGAGCAGCUUAAAGACUACAGAGAACUGCUCACUGAGACGUCAGUGCAGCAGGACAGUAAGCAGGUACAGGUAGACCUGCAGGAUCUGGGCUAUGAGACGUGUGGUCGCAGUGAGAAUGAGGCAGAGAGAGACGACACCAGCAGCCCAGAAUUUGAUGAUUUGGAGCUGUGCACCUCCCUCUCUUGCCGAGACGGUUCCUCCCAGUGGUGGUCCGGAUCGGCCCCUGCCGGUCGAGCUCAAGGUGACGCAGUGUUCCUGCAGCAGUUGGUGGAGGAUCUGCGGGCGCAGCUGUCCCGAUCUCAGGCGCAGGUACGCAGUCUUCAGACCCGCACCCGGGACACCACACCCACCUCCACUCCCCGUAAAGUCAACUGGGGUUUGGAGAGUGGGGCAGAAGAGGACGAGGGCUGGCAGUCUUCAGACGGCUGCGGAUCACUGCCCCGCCGGCCGAGACCUGACUCUGAGCUGCAGGAGCUGGUAGCUCGAGUAUCUUCUCUAGAGGAGCAGCUGAGGAAGGGCAAAGGUCACACUGAGGAAACCAAAAGCAGUACCUGGCCUGGUAAGUUUGAUGCGCUGAUCCAGGCACAGGCUCGGGAGCUGUCUCACCUGAGGCAGCGUAUGCGAGAGGGCCGAGGUGUGUGCCACAUCCUAAACCAGCACCUGGGGGACACCACCAAGGCCUUCGAGGAGCUUCUGCGGGCCAACGACAUCGACUACUACAUGGGCCAGAGCUUCAGAGAUCAGCUGGCCCAGAGCUCCUCGCUGGCCCAGAGAGUGGCGGCCAAGAUCAGCAGCCGAGAUCACUCUGAACUCACAGAAGAUAAGACAGGUCAUGAGCUGCUUGCUAUUCGGCUGAGUAAAGAACUGCAGCAGAAGGACAAGCUCAUAGAAUCACUACGCUCUAAACUUGACCAGCAGCAGCCCCGUCCAGACACACCUGCCAGCAGCCAUGCUCUCUCAGAGGCCACUGACCAAUCAGAGCGCACGUCCUUCAUUUCUGACGAACAGGGCUCUACUAAUGAGGACCUGGAGUUGUGCUCGGAACUGGAUGCUGCCAGUGAAUUCAGCCAAGUGGACGCAGCCGAAAGGAGCCCUGCUGAGUCCCGCUGUAAGCAGGGCCCUGCCCCACCACAUCCAUCCAUCCCACCGUCUGUCACUUCUUCACAUGGUCACCAGUCAUACAACAGCUGUCCCAGCAUGCACUGCACUCCUCACACACCAGUGCAGACAGGGCUCUCUGUUGGACCUGUGUUCAGUCCCUUCACCUUUCCCCAGACCCCCCUCUGUCACCCCAGCCUCUCUGCUCAGAUGGCUUCUCUGCCAUUUGACCCCCAAACCCAGCACCUAAGACCUCGCUGUGAUGGUGCCAGGGGUUUCUCCCUGGCCGAGGUGCACCAGGAGCUGCAGAUGCUGCAGAGGCAGCUCGGGAACAGUUUUAGUGGCGCUCAGGUCAAACCUGUAUCAGGUUUUUCGCUGGGCACCAACCCCCGGACCGACCCCAGCAGCUUCCACCUGCUGUCCCAGCCUGCCUUUCACCAGUCUCCUCUCUCCAGCCUUAAUGCCAGCCCUGCUCUGAAGUCAGGUCAAGGGCUCCUGGAGAGCAGUGCAUUGUGGGAUAUGCCGUACGAGUCUCAGUCAGUGAGGGAAGGUGCUUAUGGGGACAUUUCUUCCGGCUCGUCAGGAUAUCAGUCUGGUGCCAGGCACACAGGAACGGACCUGAUGGAGGAACAUCUGAGGGAGAUUCGCAGUCUCCGCAGACGUCUAGAAGAUUCCAUCCAGACCAACGAUCGUCUGAGACAGCAACUGGAGGACAGACUGGCUUCCAUGUCACGAGAUGGAGGAGGUGCCCCCACAAACAUCUACAUUCAAGGACUGGAUUCCGUCAGUCAGCUCUCCAAUCAGGUGCGGAUUCUAAAAGAGGACAAUCACGCGCUCCAGAGCCAGCUCCAACUGGCCAGAAGAGAGGGCAUGAAAGAGGUAGAGCAGCUACAAGAGGCAGUCCUCUCAGGCCGUGGCAGAGUGAAGCAGGCGGAGCUGGAGGCGGAGAGAUGGGCGGAGCAAUGCAGACGGCUGCAGGUGCAGGUGCAAGAGCAGACGCAGGAAACUAUGCAGCUCAAGCAUGAGCGACAAAACAGCCAGGAGAAUGCCAACAGGCUCCAGCAUGAGGUUAACCUUCUCCAACAGCAGCUGAGUGAGAGCAGACGACUGGUGCACACAUUGCAGUGUGAGCUGCAGAUGUACCAGAGAAUGUGUGGCACUGGCAGGAGUGUGAGCACAGGAUCUUCACAGGAUUUGGCCUUUGAGCUGCAGGAACCAAAGUCUCACAUGCGUUUGCUGGAACAGCAGCUGAGUGACAGGCUGGAUCCUAACGUGCCAUCUGCCAGAAAACAGCUCUUCCAUGAUCCGUCUCCCUCUCCUCCUGUUCGAGAUACUGGACUGUUCAGUCCGGCCUCCCCCAUUCCUCCUGAACCAGAGGACCAUCAGUCUGCUGCUAGUGAUCCACAGAAGCCCUGCACAGGAACACGAGGAGAGAGGGAUGUUCCUGAUGGCUCCUUCGCCUGCAGGACAGGGUGUCACGUUGUCGGCCACAUAGACGACUACAGCGCUCUGCAGCAGCAGCUUCUGGAGGGCAAGGUGCUCAUCCGCAAGAUAGAGGCUACUCUGCAGUCCAGCAUGAAGAUCAGCCCUCAGGAGGGGUGUGUGAAGAGCCUGCUGACUAACACUAAAAGCUUGAAGCAAGUUUUAGAGGAGACUGCUUCUGUCCUCAAGAUGUUCUGGAGGGCAGCUCUGCCCAGCGCCGAGGACACGGCCCAGCAGCUUCAAAAGGAGCAGUCUCUGAGAGAGGAGGUGGUCUGUCUGAAGCGCAGACUGUCUGAACAGGAGCAGGCUUUGAGGGACACCAUGGACUCUCUGAAAAGCUCCAACCGAACCAAGGACAGCAUGGAACAAUUCAUCGUCAACCAACUUUCCAGAACGCGAGACGUGCUGAAAAAGGCUCGCACAAACCUAGAGAAGAAUGAGCUCAGGAUCUCCUCCUUAAGCCACUCCUUUCCUCCUCUCUCCCCUCAGUCCUUCUCCUCCACUCCUCCCUGGGCUGCUAGAGGUGAAGCCCAGAGCUCCAUCUUCAGCUCCUCUGGUGGUGGAAGUGUUAUGACCCCUCCCAAUCAGAGACACGGUGGAGCUGGGUCUGUCCCACAGCUCGCACAGUACUUUGGCACACAGCGCCCUCUAGAGGUGUUCUCUGGGAGUGCGCUCUCAGGAUUCAGCACUGCUGUGUCUCCACUGUGCUGAGUAAACUCUGAGCUCCUGUUCCGUUAUGAGACACUAAAAGCUUUACGAAUGUCGGGGCUGUUUGGCUCAGGUGUCAUACGUAGGUUAUGUAGCUCCUGCUGUACUUCGCAAUCAGUUCAACUAAAUUCUCUUCUGAUCUCAUCUGAUGUGCUGAGGAGAUCUUCAGGACAGUUUUAUGAAAAGCUACUUUCUCACAGACUUUGGAUCCAAGAACACUGGUCCUCUAUAAGCCCUUGACUGGCUGAAUGGAGUUUGUUAGAUUUGGGUUGUAUUUAAUACCUGCAGGAAAGUAGCUCCUCCCAGGAGGGUUGCAGACCACUGGCUUCAGGACAUAUCGUCACUGCCAUAACGAAACCUCAUAUCUCUGAUUUAUUUCUGUUUUUUUUUUUUUUUUUUUA